UCUUGUAACUUAAAUACACGCUAUUGGAGCUGAAAUUAAGGUCUGCCUGCAGUAGACUUGCUUUAGAGACAUUGGUUUUGUUAUUAUUGUCACUAUGUGUUUGGUGUUUGUAUGUGAUGAAGAUGAGAGGGUGUUACAAAGACAGGCAGCUCCAGGAGCUUGUCCUUACUGUGGAGGGAUGGUUCAAGCCUUGGACAUGGAGAGUCAGUGGAGAUUCUGCUUUGUCCCUCUUUAUUUCAAAACUAAACGCAGAUAUUACUGUACCCUUUGCACCAGACGUCUCAUCAUCCAAUAAUUUUACCUAAUCUUAUGAUAUAGCCUCUCUUCUUUUAUCAGUCUUGUGUGUCCUUGAACUUUCAAGAAAACAAAAAUGUAUAAUCUUUU